CGUGGGAAGGCAGUUGCGCGGUCGAAAAAGUUUGAAACUUUGUAGCAGAAGUUUUAUUUGGUGCAGAACAAUGACGGCCUCCAAUAUCGGCAGCGGUCCGGAUAAGAGUUUCAACGCAAAAGAAGAGCGAAAGUUGCGCAAGCCCUUGAUAGAGAAGAGACGCAGAGAGCGGAUAAACUCAAGUCUUGAGCAACUAAAGGGCAUUAUGGUGGAUGCCUACAAUUUGGAUCAAUCUAAAUUGGAGAAGGCUGAUGUUCUUGAGAUAACAGUUCAGCACAUGGAACAACUUCAAAGAGGCCAUGGACAAGGUGGUAGUCAAGGACCAGGCACUGGGUUUGAGUCACAACAAAGAUACAGUAGCGGUUAUAUUCAGUGCAUGCACGAGGUACAUAAUCUGCUCCUGAGCUGCCCUGGGAUGGACAAGUCUCUAGGCGCACGCCUGCUAAACCAUUUGCUGAAAUCUCUGCCUCACAUUAGUACUGAGGCCAGUGGCACAGGUUCUGUUGGCACCUCCAGUCCUCUUCCGAUAUCCCCUACCCAUUCCCCUCUAAGCCUGCCCUCCUUACAGUCCCACCCUCUCCACCUGCACACCCCUCCCUCCUCUCCCUGCAGUCCCUCUCACUCUCCUAGAGUCCCACUCAUUAGAGAGCGAAGUUGCACCAUUCCCCGAGAACAGCCCUCUCCACCCAGGUCUCCUUCCCCUCCGCCUCUGGCACAAUCAGCCCUCCCCCCUUUCUUUCCUGGGGGUGAUCCCUCCAUGUGGAGGCCCUGGUGAAUGAAUCCAGCCCAGCCCCCAUUAGCCCUUCCUGGCCUGCCCUCCCAUCCCUAAUUGUUUCCAUUACAUUUGAUCUCUUGGGAGUUUGGAGGGCUUUCCACUCAAAGGGGGCAUGAUAUUGGGUUACACAGUCCCCUGAGGUUUCGUGGUAUCAUUUGAAACACUGUACUGCAUGUUUGGUUGAUUAUGCUAAGUGCAUGCUUUGAGGGUAUGAACACAAAUGUGUGAUGACACCAAAGUUGCCCUCUUUAACUGACAUUUGGAAAUUGUAUGUUAGCCUUCAUCAAGUGGAACUGCUGCCUUAACCACUUUUAGAAAUAUCAUGUCUUCAUGUCUUAUAUUAGGCAAUAUUAGAUUACCUUAGAAAGGUGGCUUUGUUUGUGUUGAGUCUUUUAUUUUUUUUUGCCUUUUUUGUAUUCAUUUUAUAUAUUAUUUUAACCAGUUGGGUUGUGGAAAUAGUAUAUUUUGUAGAUGAAGUAAAGGGGCUCUGUUGAAAUGUUAUGCAAGUUUCUCUACCUUAAAUGUAAAUCUCUGUAAUCUGUGGACUAAUGGUGGCUCAGAAUGGGUAUAAUAGGGGAGUUGAACAUUUGUGAAAAGUACUCUAUCCUUGUAUAUUACAAGAAAAGGUGAGUCAGACUAGUACCUCAUAUUGAAGCAGUUAAAACUGAUUUUCUUUAUGAAAAAUCAGAACUGUGUAUUGAUUUUGUACACUGAAAACAUUUGAAAAUGAUGAAUGUGAUUAAUGGUGAUGUUAAAUAAAUGAA